UGAGCUGUUCCUUAUAUUCAAGAAAAUUUAAAAUUUAGGUUAAGAAUAUGGCAAAAUUGAAAGUAAUAUCAUGUCAGGGGCAGCAUGACCCUCAGGAGGCGCGGCCGUGGUGGGAACCACCCUACGUCAUCUAUGGGUUCGGGAACCACCGCGUGCGGUCGCGCAUGGAACGGCUCAUGGGUACUUAUGUGGUGGAGGCGACCAACAAGGCCUUCAUGGUUCGUCUGCAGCAGCGCUCUCGAGAGGUUUAUGAAGAAGAUAUGAAACGCAGGAUCCAGAAACGUGAAAUAGCUGAGGUGGAAAGAGAGAAGCGACUCAUCCUGGAGGGAAAAUGCCGAUAGAGGAGGCUCCAGAGGCCCUAUCGAACCAUCCAGUCUUCCAGAUAACCCAGAGGGCCAAUCAGAUCCUUGAAGAAAGGAAGAGGAAGGCGGAAGCUAGGAGGCGACCUAAACGGCUGAAGAGGUUCGACUAUAGUCUGCUUGAAGGAAUGGAGGAACCCGAUGUGGGAGACACUGAGAUGCUCAGUUGUAUCGACAUGGACGAGAGCGACGCCGACAGGGCGCUGAAGUUCGAAGAGAAAGAGACGUUGAUGAGCGAGGGCUUAGGAGGAUUCACGGACGAGGACUACGACAGGAUUAAAUACGCGGACCCGUUGGUGGAGGAUCUCAACGAAGCGGAGACAGUGGACGAGUUAUACAGUCUGGCAGACGAGAUCGUGGGUCCUCUCACCGGCAAGACCUGCGGCGGGCUUGUCAAGUGAUACAUUACAAGAUCUCAAUCACUUAUCACUUAAAUAUUAACCAAAAAUACAAUAUUAUCUCCACUUCAAUUCA